AGCAACAGCGCCACAAAAUUAUCGUCUGCUAAAAAUUUGCUUGUUCACUGAUGAACAGUUCGUAGAAAGUUUGGGAGCGUCAACAUUGUUAGAAAGAGUAGACCAUUCAUUCUUCAUGACACCAACUACCGCAAACAAUGUCGGCUCUACAGGCUCUUCAAGGUUAUGAGAGUAGCUCAAGCGAAUCUGAAGAACUGAACUUGGACGAUGUCGACAAUCAUUCUAAAAGUGAGAAUGCUGUUCAAGACCAGAAAGACGGGAAAAGACCAGCUUUACCUUCAGUACCAUCUGAAAUACUUGGUAUGUUUGAUACGUCAUCUCAUGUCGCUGAAGGCAACAGCAAUGCCAGCUCGCAUGGUGGCCGAAUCAGGUCAUUUGAGCAUGUCGCUGGUAAUUGGGCUACAUUGGUGUACAUCCCAGUUGAACUAACAGAACAACUCAAAAUCAUCAUGGAGGAUCUUCUCAGCAUGAUGCCCUCUAGUGUUGACAUGGAGCCAGUGCCUGACCUCCAUAUUAGUUUAUCGAGGACAGUGACCCUCCAGUAUCAAUGGAUUGACCCGUUUGUUGAUUCAAUACGCCAGCGACUGGCUUCCUUUGGAGGGUUCACCUACUGCUUCGACAACAUUGAGUUUUACGCUAAUGACGAGAAGACCAGGUCGUUUAUUGGUUUGAAAGCCAACCAUGGACACCAAGAGAUGUUGAAUCUAGUGAAGAUAAUUGAUGUCUGCUUGCAAGAAUUCUCUCUUCCUGUUUACUAUGAGAAACCGUCGUUUCAUGUCAGUUUUGGUUGGUGCCUUGGAGAUUACCAAACAUUUCUUGGUGCCAGUGAUAUGCCCAGAAUUCAGCGUGAAUGCAGAAAGCUUUGUAGAGCCAGCCUUCCAUUGUCAGUCAGUGAAAUAUGGUGUAAAGUAGGCUGCAAGCAGUUCAGAAUACCACUGGGGAUGGGGAGGUGACAGAUCUUUGAACCUGCAUCCGGUAUCCUCCAUCAAUUGGUCAAUAUUGGUCUUCCUUUGACGUCCUGGUGUUGGUCUGCCAUGGGUGGUUUGGCCAGCAAACCGCAUUCUUUGUUGUCAAAUGGAUUUGGUGAUUCUUCUUGGAAAUUUUCUCAUAUAAAUCUUUGAUCGUAGGAUGUUCUUUCUAGGAACAAUAUAUAAAGCACUUCUAAUGUUUAUGAUUUUGGUUUGCCGUAGUGGUAUCUUUCCUCGCCUUCCACCUCUCGGACCCUGGUUCGAAUCACACUGUGUGGAUUGGGUUUUCAGUCCCUACAUGGCUGCAUUGGUUUUUCCCUGAAAUAAUUCUCUGAGGUUUUCCCACCCACAUCUAAAACUAAAACUUCCUCCCUUGUCUUCUAUCCAUGGGGUUCUUGACUAGUAGUACAAUUAUUAAGUUUGCUUUUAUAAGAGGCCUUGGCUUCACAACAAGAAUAAAUUAAAUCAAUGAAAUAAAAUAAUGUUUGUCAAUCCAUAUUAAAUCUAAUUCUUCUCAAAAUAUUCAAAGAGUCCACCUAAAAACUUAUCCUUUGAAAAUAAAUUCAGAAACUCAAUACAGACAAAGAACUCAUUGGCAUUCUUGUUUUAAUAUCAUUCAUCAUACGUAUAAAAUUCAAAGUUACAGUCACACAUAAUGUAACAUUAGAGUUAUGCAACAUUUAAAUUUGAACCAAUUCUUCUUUUUUAUGAACAAGCUUUUUUCUUUGCUUUCCAGAGUUGAGUUUACUUUAAAAGCCUUAAUUAAUAGCACCUGCAAUAGUUCGUCAUAGUGCCUCGAACUCACUUCUGUCGAAGACGUCAGACACAUCAGAGAAAUUUGCAAAAGAAAAUUGUGAAUCGGCAAAUGUACAAUAAAGUGCAUGUAGACAAACUAAAAUUCUACUAUUUGUCAUUACAAUGUGUCUAGUGAAAAGGGGUUCUUAGCAAAGGCUUACAGGAGCUAGCGAAAUAAUUAUCCUACAAUUUUUAUCAUAAUCUUAGUUUUUGUAAACCCAUUUUUAUUCUUCUAGUUCAUACUUUCAGCUAACUAAAAAAAAAAAAAAAAAAAAUAUAUAAAAGCUUUUGCGAUAUAGAACCCACUUGACGUACAUAAAGUUGGCAAAAUCACCACUCACCCUGAGAGGUUUUCCAGCAUAAUUGAGGAGAACGAUAAGUAAAAUGCCAAAAUUGACAAGUUUGUUAGAUAACCAGGUUUGCAUUUGUUGAGGAAAAUAUACACUUAGGAUCACACAAUAUGGGCAAAGUAAACCUUUGGUGUUUGGAACCGAUUGUUUUAAUCUUA